UUUUUUUUUUCUCUUAUCUCGGCGCACUAUAUUCCACGGAUUCAAAUUUCCCGGGAGUGGAUGCGUCAAAGUUUAGGGGAUGAUUUUCUAUUUUCUUUUUGUUUCUUCUAUAGUCUGCGAGUAAGUGCCGCGAAAAUAUCGUUCGAAUAGUGUGUCUUUCUCGGACGAAUAGCCGCGGGGGAAGGAAGUUAGAGCGAGUUUUACGAUUUCUUCGGAGAGAAAUGGGGACUUUUAUUUUACUUUGACCCUUAUACACGGCUCCCGAGUGCAGUUUUCUUCGUAACAUUCAAAAGCGCGAACGACAUCGAUUUCGCAUCCCAUUAUACCGGGAAAAAAACGUCAACAACAACAACGACGAUACUUCAGUACAGUAUAACUCUCUCGCAGCACAAAUUCCUAUAGAGCGCAGUGUGUCAAUGACUUUUCACGCUGGCCGUGUCUCCCCCCCCCCUCUGCCCUCGAGACGGACGCCGCGCGCGGCUGACUCACGAAACUCUCCUCUCUCGCUUCCACACGCCGCCGACGCUAUAGACUGACUCUCUCCUCGGAAUAGUAGUCUCCUCGUAGCCGUGUGUAUACGCGCGUGCAUUGCGCCGUUUCACUACUCUUAUAUACAGCUUUCCGUGCGCAUGUGUGACACUGCUAUUAUCGUACACACAUUGCAGAACGACCGCUUGCAUAUUUUCGCUCGUUUCGCGCACAGAAGUGAUCCUCGAUAUACGUUUAACGCACGUGUGUGUGUGUGUGCGUGAAGUGCAGUGCGCGCGUGUGUAAUAUACGUGUAUAGUAGUAGAGCAUCGAAGCGAGACAGAGAGAUGUGGAAGACUUGAGGCGAAUGGACUCGUCGCAGCUGCAGUAUUGGAGUAAAAAAUAAUUGUUGCAGUGAAGUACUUAGUACCGACGGUCGGUGCGCGAGAACUGCUGCAUCCGCGCGUGUGUAUGUGUGUGUAAGUUCCCGAGUGUGGAACAACGCGACGGAGAGAAGAGUGUACAGUUUGAGAACGAGAGAGAUAGAAAGAAAGAAAGAGAGAGAGAGAGAGAGAGAGAGAGAGAAGAGCCAGAAUGGUCCGUUUGCCGGAGCUGCUUUUGUUCGCCGAGGACGUCUGGAGGAAGACUCUCGGCAAACUCGGCCCGAACGGCGACAAGCACGCGGUCAAGUCCAAAAUGCCGUCAACGCUGGAAACUCCGGUGAGCAACGCGACGUCGACGUCGGAGCCGACGUCGACGACGGCCACGACGACGAUGACAACGGCGCCGAGUAAUAAUAACAACAAUAGCAACACAGCUGCUGCGGCGGCGACGAAAAAACGUUGCUGGCGGCGCAGAACCGUCCAUUUCACCGUGUUUCUCGCCGUUUUCUCGACGAUACUUAGUCUUCUAUGGGUUUACACCCUCACCGCCGAGUUGAGGAGGAAAGCCUUCGACAGGAACAUGACGCAGAACGUGCUGUACCACGUGUCGAUGGACAAUCCCCAGCUGGCCGCCUACAUCCGAGGAAUCCACAUGCACCCGACGAUGCGACAAGAACCCUUAAACGCGAGUCAGACUCCGGAGGAGCGAUUCGUCGCGUCCCAGUUCCAGAGCAAGCGCGAAGGCGUCUACAUCGAGUACAUGAGCAGAGUCGGCGCCGCCUCGACUACCGGCUGGCUGGAGGCGAGCCUCGACUGGCGCGGGGUCAUGAUUUUCACGGACCCGCGGAACUCGCUCGACGCCAAGAGGAGCAGCAGGAAUCCCAAGACGAGAGUCCUCCGAGCCUGUCUCAGCAAUGACAACGACACCAAAGAGAUAACGUAUCAUCAAGAGGCGGACGUGCAGGUGACGAAGCUAGGCGACGGUCCCAACAGUUUGGUUUUCUCGAAGGAGAGUCUGCCUGCGACGAGAUUGAUCUGCUUCCCGCUCUACUCGAUUCUGCUGGCCUACAACACGACGACCCUCGACUACUUGAGCCUGGACAGCACGGAAAUCCAGGACGGACUGGCACUGCAGCAGGUCCUCGACACGAUUCCCUGGAACUCGGUGCGGAUAUCCAUCCUGUCGAUCUACUGGAGCCCACAUCACAGCGAGGCCGAGACGGAGAGCGUCGUCAAAAAACUCAGCAGCCGUAGCUACAAGCGCGUCAAGAACAUCGGCACGGACAAGCUCGUCUUCCUCUACAACCGCGGGCUCAAGAUCUGAGAGCUACUGCUUGACUCGAAAAGAAAGUCUGCUCUGCAUAUGCCUUACACGAACGACAUCAUUCAAAACCGAUACUCACAUAUGAUACACCGACACUCACAGAGAUGAAGUACACCACACGAGAGAGAAAACCAAAAAAACGUAGAUACGAUUUUACCGUGAAUAUACAUAUACAUACCUUUUUUUACUUCGCGUCGUGAGAGAUUAGCGAGAAAGAGUGAGAGAAAGAUUGAAUGACUGUCGAAAAGCGCGCACGCUCACUUCCACUGUACGUAGAAAGUUAACGCGGAUUAUUCAUGCUGUGCUCGUGUAAAUGGACAUGUAAAUACGGACUCGAGGAUUAACAGUAUUCUUUUUUUCGCGUUAAAUCUCAUUUUAUUUCACUGCAUUUUUAUCACCACAUUGUGUUUUGUAUCCAUUCGUUUCGUUUAGUAUACGUACUCGAGAAAAAAUACACAAUAGGAAUGUGACUGUUAUACUAUAAGUUUUGUCUUAUUAAUGAUUCUCAGUUGAAAAACAAUCAUGAUUGUCGUCUACCUUAGUAUGCUUAAGCAUUGUGUGAUAGUACUUGAAAAGAACAAAAACACUUAGUACAUAAGCGUGAUCGUGUGCGACUUUUGUGUGUCAAUUUCAAAAUAUCGAAUUGAUUAACGCACUUAUCUGCCUCGGGGAGGCGAUAACCAGUGAGUUACUCGAAUACCUUAAUUACGGGCCUUACUAGAUGCGUAAGACGGUUAUGAUCUCGCGCCGAAGAAGAUGAGAGAUUGAGCUCUCUAUCGUCGCGAAUAUUUGCGUAGCCGAACUAUAUAUGUAAUGUAUUUAGGUGACUUGUGUAGAGAUUAGACUUGAUAAUGAGUAAGUCCAUAGUGUGUAAUCCAAAUCACCACUGGCGCAGAAUAUUCAUGAAAAAGUAACUGAUUUUUGUUGGAUGAAAUUUAUUUUAUUGUAAUUUUAACUGAUUUUGUUUACACUUUAUUCCAAUGCAGGAUAGCCCAUUAAAUUUAUAAUUAACUACGUUUAAUUUUUGUAUAUUUAAAGAAAAAUAAUGAAUCAAAUGAAUCGGUCUAGCAAAAAUCAAUUAAUUUAAAUUAGGUUUUCUUCAAUAAACCUAAAAUACCUACACAGACGUGUUGCGCUAAUAAAACAUAUGAAGUUUGAGUAAUAAACUAAAUAAAAUUUAUCAUCGUUGGUAAGUUAACGAUAUCUCGAUUAAACUAUUUUACUAAUUCGCACAAGUCAUGUGACUUUAACGAGCUUCUUCGAGCUUUCCUAUAUACUAUAGACAGAUUUUUUUGUAAAUUAUUAGAGAUACUACAAAGUAGUGAACUUUUUAAGGGAAAAAGGAUUUUUUAAUGUUGGUUUACUGUAUAAAUUAUCUUCAUUUCGUUUGCGAACUUUUUAAUUCCUUCGUUGAAAAGAAAAUCGUCAAUUAAUUGAUUACUUUGUCGUAUCUCUAUGUAAAUAACUCGAAUUAUUUGUUGGAUUAUACAAGAGUAUUAGUUCUCGAAAUUGUGAAAGCGACAUCAACGAUUAUUUUACAGAUCUGCAUCAGCUAACAUGCGACUAUUUUCUUUCUAUCAACUGUUAUUGCUAGCACUGGAUAUAUAACUAUACGACUGAUUCUAGAAACACAAAUUUAUCAUUAGGUAAUAAGCUUACGGUAAUAAGAGAAGGAUCCAAGUUUAGCUCUUAAAUACUGCAUUCUAACGGUUCUGAGAAUUGACUUUUUCAAUCGUCGCUAAAAGAAUUUUCCUAGAAACAUAUACAUGCUAUACUCGCAAAAAAUGGAAAUGGUUGGAAGUAUGUUAAGUAGUGUACUACAUCAAGAUACAGUUUUAUAUACAUUAUAAUUUCAAACUAAAGUAGCUUUAUGAUUUUUGCAUUUUUUUACAUCUGUUGCGUUUAGAGACUUAAGGAACGAUCUAUCAUUAUAUAUUUACUCGAGAUGCGUGAUUUCUCAAGCAAUAUAAUAAAUAACACUACUAUAUUUAUAA